AUGUCUCAAAAUGAAUCCGGAAUGUCAGAAGUAACGGUGGAGGUUCCUAUGAAUAUAGCACUUGUCAAGUAUUGGGGAAAACGAGAUGAGAAACUCAUCUUACCACUGAAUGAUUCGAUUUCAUUAACGGUUGAUAAACUGACGGCUAGAACAACAAUCCGAAUGAUUCAAGGAGUUGGGAAGCAUACGGUUGAAAUCAACGACGAAAAAGUAGAGUUAAGUUCGAAUAAACGGUAUCAAACAGUCUUUGAUGAAGCACUUCGAUUACAAAGAAAACGGAAAGAAGAUUCAAACGGAAAUGAAAAUAGAUCAGUAUCGCAUCAUUUCGAAGUAAUCUCCACAACGAACUUUCCCGUUGCUGCUGGACUUGCAUCAUCUGCUGCUGGUUUCGCAGCGAUUGCUUUGGCGAUUCAGCAACUUUUAAACCUGGAUGACAUCCAGGCUAAUCGAUUAGCGAGAAUAGGAUCUGGCAGUGCUUGUAGAAGCAUGUCCGGAGGGCUUGUUCACUGGAAAAAAGGAGAAAAAGACGAUGGCUCCGAUUGCGUUGCUGUUAAAACUAACGAUGAUAACUGGGCAGAUCUUUAUUGUGUUAUUUUGGUAUUUAAUGAUGGAUGUAAGAAAGUUGGAUCAAGUGAAGGGAUGAGAUGGACUAGAGAAACCUCGACACUUCUCAAACAUCGAAUUGAGAAGGUUGUUCCCGAACGAAUCGAUUUAAUCAAGAAGGCGUAUGCAACAAGAAACUUCGAAGAUCUGGCCCGUGUUAUUAUGGCUGAUAGUAAUCAAUUCCACGCAAUUUGUCUCGAUACGGUACCGCCUAUUCGAUAUUUGAAUGAAUCUUCGUGGCAGCUAAUAGAAACUGUUGAAAAGUUCAAUCAGCCAGAAAUAAAAGCUGCGUACACCUUCGAUGCUGGACCGAAUGCAUGUGUUAUUGUGCAAAAGAAGGAUGUUUCAAAAUUCAUCAAGGCCCUCAUUCGCGAUAUUCAAAUCAACACCGAUGAUUUGGAAACAUUGCCAGAAGAAUUCAGAUCUAUCGAAUAUCAAAAAGAUGAAGGAACCGAGAAUAAUUUUGUAUGCACGAAACUGGUUGUCAGUUCCAUGGGAAGUGGACCGGAGAUUUGA